AUGUUAGCCCUUAGCUCGUUUAGCUUUAGCCUGUUUCUGCUGCUGCUUGUAGCUGGUGGCUUGAAGAGUUUUCCAGAAUUAGCAGAACCAGGAAACUUUGGAAUUAAUUUGAUCAACAACAUCAUUGAGAGAGUUCAGAGGGAAAGAUCCGUGGAUACGCUGUUGCUUAUGAAACGCCAGCAGGACAGCAACUGCCCUCUGCAGGAUAUCAAUUCCAUGGGAAUACCUAGUCUUCGCCUAGAUGAACGAAUCACAAUUAAUAUAAAGCAGCGCUUUAAUAGCGAGGCCCUCGCUCUGGUUUGCAUGGCCGAUCUUGGAGAUGCCACCCUGCUGAGCACCUUGGCCCAGAAUCUACAUCGCAUGAGAGAGGCGCCAAUCAUUGUGUGGCUACAUAGUAUGGACUCGGAUCUACAGGAAUUUCUGUCUAUAAUCACCCAACAGGCAGAGAAAUAUAGUUUGAUCAACCUCUUGGUUUUUCGUACAGGCUUGUAUGCUCUCGAAGACUCGAUAAUUGUCUAUAGAUUACAACCAUUUCCCAAUGCAACUCUCAAACUUGUGGCCAUAACAGUGCCCAGUCUGUAUCCACCGGCCAGUUAUCUGCUCUCGGACAAGCGCACGGGCAGCAAGUACCUGGACGGCUUUAUGGUUCGACUCGUAAGGGAGUUUGCCCGGAAACAUAACAUAGAGCUCCGGUUGCAAAGAGCUGAGAAUGAGAGUAUUUGGAUCGAUAAUCACAGUAUUGAGAAAAUGAUAUCGGAGGGUGAAGUGGACUUCCCAAUGCAUGGACGCAUACAGACAUUCAGCAUGGAGUCUACAAUCUAUGUGGAUAUCGUUGAACUAUUUAUUGUCGUGCCCUGUGGCCAGGAAAUGAGAUUAAGUGAUGUUUAUAGAAGUAUGAGAACCUACUUUUUUGUGAUGCUUGGCGUCUACUUUCUGUUUGCGCUGAUCGAAACAACGCUCAAACUGGCCAGCCAGCACAUCUGGCGGCGCAGCUCGUGCCUCGGCUAUUCAACAUUUUUCAUAAAUCUGCACUCAUUUGCCGGGGUGCUGGGUCAUCCCAUUGGCUUGCGUCGAUAUCGAAGCCCAUCACUGCGACAGUUCUUGAUGGUUAUGAGCAUUUUCAGUCUUGUUUUUGGCUGUUAUUUCAAUGCCAAUCUAAGCUCCCUGCUGACCAAGCCGCCCUGCUAUCGACACGCCCAGAACUUCGAGGAGCUGGCGGAAAGCGGCUUGCCCGUCAUAUUCGACAAAAUAAUUGCGAAUGUGACGUAUGUGCACAUGAAAGAUCAAAUUUUAAAAAUACCCAAUAUAAUCCUCAAGCCGAACAAUCAACGCAACGAUAUGAUGUUUGCCCUGAACUCGAGGAAUGCCUAUCAGGUAUUCAGCAAGUUGUGGGAUAUCGUGAAUAGCCACCAGAAGAAUUACAAAAGGCAUGUCCUCUGCGCGUCGCCAGGACUGAUCCUUUUCCAUGGCUAUCCCAUUGUGGGCAUUUUGAAGGAGAAUUCCAUUUACAUAAAAGCUGUUAACGAGUUUAUUUAUAGAGCACACGAAGUCGGUCUGUCCCGUCACUGGCAAGUGGCCUCUAUGCGCAGCAUGGUGGCAUCCAAGAAGCAGCUUAUCGAUCAAAAGAGUUCACAUACAGAGUCUACACAUGCUCCAUUAAAUAAUGAGGAUCUACUCUGGGUUUGGAAAUUGUUGGCAAUAUUAUAUGCCACAGCAGGAUUUGUUUUCAUCGGAGAAUUGGUCAUGGCUCGCUGGCAAGGACGAGGUCCCUCAAAAGCAUCCUCAAGGGUGUAG